UCUCUCCUUCGGUCAUUCAGUCGCGCUCUGAUCGGAAAGAUGGAUGGAAGGAAGAUGACGACGGGAUUAAAGUGUCUGCUCGUUUCCGCAGCGAUCGCCGGAUUGGCGGUCGCACAAACGCUACCCAACAACACUGAGUCCCCAACCAAGCCUCGAGUGCAGGAGGAAAUCUUUGGUUUUCCGGCUGAUGAACAGAUCAGCUACUAUCUACAGAACGCACGGAAUCGUACACCGAUCUUCGUGCCCGGUAAAUGCGCGGACAAUGAAAUUCUUUAUCCUGGUGAUCAUGAGUCGGACUGGGUUUGCGAUUGUCGACCAGGACACGUCUACUAUCCCCAGAUGAACAAAUGUUACCCUCUGUUUAUGCAAGGUUUCUGCAAACCCGGCGAGUACGUCGAUGUAAUGCGACCGUCGAUGAUAGUGAACUGUACGACAAAUGUGUGCACUACUGGCAAGAACAUGGUACCCUAUGAUGGAAAGUGCGUGGAGCUGAAUCGUCACAACCGCAUCUGUAAGCUCGUUGGCCGUGUGUACUGGGUGAUUGGUGUUAAUGCGACCACCCUGGAGCUGGAUUGCGUCCCACCGGAUGCCACUACGAUGCUGCACCGGGUCAACGGCGAAGAAGGCGAAGACCAAGAGCCGAUACAAUUCGAAGGCGCGAACCGCUGCUCAAACGGGACACGCACCAAGUAUGAAGGAUUGUGCUAACUCCGGGUUAGGUGAAUUUGUUUCAGGCGGUUUAACUUCCCCUAACGGUGCCAGUUUGUAGACAUGGUUUUAAAAUAAAACAAACAUACGAUAGGCAGAUAGCUGACACGG